AUGAACAAGGUGGCAUUGCAGGUGCGGCGGCACCCUGUGCUGCCGUUGCUGUUGCCGCCGAUGCUGUUGCUGCUGCUGCUCCGCUUGCCCGAAACGGGUUCUUUUUCAUUUAAACCUGGCCCCUUUUGCAGCCAGGGAGGAGAAGCCCUUGGAGGUGCCCUCCGUCCUUCGUUCCAGAAGGCCCCGUCGCAUCCUGCAGCACAGAGAGGGCCGCCGAGUUGCCGGACGAGGGCACCUUGGGUGGAACUGCACAGAAAUAUUUUGCCAUCUUGUGCAAGCUGGACGCCAGUGCCAGUGAGGACAGCCACAAGCACACUGGCAGUUCCAUCAGAUACAGGUGCAACUGCAGCACUGCAUGACGACAUAGGGGAUGCAGCUCUUGCGUCUCCAGCAGCAAAGGCGGCGUCCGAGAUCGAAGCCGCCUACUCGGAAGUAGUCGCUGCUGCAACAAGCUCUCUAUCAGCUGAUCCCUUGAACAAGAGCAGUACGAGCAGCUACCAAUGCAACGACAGUUGUGCCACCAGUGCUGGCGCUUCCCCUUGGUGGACUGCUUCUAGAUUCGAAGCAGUUGAAGAAGCCCGUGCCUCAUUUUUGACUAAAGUAGCGGAUGCUUUUAGUCUUAAGAGUGCGGCUGAUGCUAGGGGUGUAGUAUAUGUACACCAUGGGAACAGCUGGGGAGGUGCGAAGCUGCUAGUAGACCGCCAGCUGUUGCUGCGGCUCCGGGGAGAGCAGCAAAAAGGCAGCUGGUCUCUUCACUUCCUGGGAACUGGGGCUAUGCAGGCGUCGGCAACUCGGGGAACCUCUUGCAUUUUAUUUUCUCGUGGGGAUGGAUCCGCCUGGCUGUUUGACUGCGGAGGGGGGCCUUCUCCAACCCACGCUGCUUCUGCCUGUCGUAGGACUCCAGCAGCAACAGGUGUGGCAGCAGCUGCAGCCGGUGCCAUAGGGGAUCGUAGCAGCAGGCUUAAGCAGGCAGUGGCUGUUGCUAUUGCUGAGGAAGCCAUUACGAGGGCAAGCCCAGAUGUUGCUGCUGCGCUACAGCAGCAUCACCAGCAGGAGACAAGGAAGAGACGCAUGGGCGUGGUUCAGCGGGUGUUCGUGACACAUCUCCACGGGGACCACUGCCUAGGCCUCCCUUCUUUUCUGUCCCAAAUUGCGCAAGACCCAGAGGGGGGACCAAGACACAUAGAAAUUGUAGGGCCCGAGGGAAUCCGCACCCUUCUUCGCUGCAUUCUGCAUGGCACCAGUGCACGUCGACUCCCGUCCUUCUCAGUCGUGGAGCUGCGGGGUGUCCCCCACCUCCACCACAGGCGAUCCCGGGCCAUCCGCCUGCCCUUUUUGCCUUCGGCCCCGUCAGAGAUAAUGGGGAGGCGGGACAUUGAGCCGAAUGCCGAUGGCAGUUAUGUGGCCUUUGAAGACUCUGAGAUAGUCGUCACGGCUGCGCCUAUACGGCACCUUGUUCCUUGUGUUGGAUACGUGGUGACUGAGAAGAAGUCUCGCCACCGUCUGCGAGCCGACGUUAUCGACCCCCUCAUUGAAAAGAACUCGCAUCGCCUGAAAGACCCUUAUGAGUGGCCACAGCUGCGGGGGGAGCCCAAGGUUGUGUACAAGCUCCUGUCUGAACUGAAAGCUGGAGAGGUUUUCACAUUUCCAGACGGGACCAAAGUAGGGCAUUCCGAUGUAUUUCUCGAGGCCCCCCAGCCAAGAAAGAUAUGCUUUGCAUUCGACACUUGUGACGCCUCCCGGAUGCUUCCCUUCGCCCAAGGCGCUGACAUCCUUGUACACGAGGCGACAAUGAGUGGUGUGAAAGGGACAUCGUGCAAAUCCGAUCCCUAUUCCGAUGAGCUGCUUCCGUUGGCACACGCAAAGUCGGACAAGAGAGAAAGCCUGCAUUGUGGGUAUGGCGAGGGUAGAGGGCGUUGCGCCAAAGACCUCAUGGGCUCCCAAGUCCAAGCUGCAAGCGAAGCGGCAUUCGAGAGAGGACACUCCUCCGCAGCCAUGGCGGGAAGUAGCAUCGGUUAUAGUGUCCGUUGUAUCCGCAGCUUUGCAUUUCGCGCCGGCGCCGCCCGGUUAGUGCUGACACACUUUUCACAAAGGUACCGGGGGGACUCUGCUCUGCGUAGUGUUCUUGCAAUGGAACGCGUCGAAGAGGAGGCUAGACGGGCCUACGAAAUAGAACGGGAGCUGCACGAGGCUCCCGAUGGGCCUGCUUUAAAGGUGACCGCUGCAUGGGACGGACUCGAAUUGGUGCUACCUCAGCGUGUUCACUCGCGUGCUGAGUACUCCCGAGACACGUAG